UAACAUCAUUAAACCUUUGUGUACUGUGUUUCAUUCUGCAACUAGAUAAAUGUUGUUAUGCUGUUAGUGAAACGUAACAAUCAUUUUGGUCACUGUAGAAUUGAUGAGAAAAUGAGACGAGAAAAGUCCUUAGUUGCAGGUCACUCACUGCAGAAUUGACAGGUAAAAGGCUGAAAAUCAUUGGAUAUAUAUCUAUAUCGUCUAUUUCAGAGACUUUUCCGAUCCAAGUCUUUGCAUGUGUAAUUCUUACGUGGAAAUGAUCUCUUAUGACUACUUACAAAUUGAAUAAUUCCGUCACAAGGCUUGAUAAUUACGUCUUAAUAAUUUGUGCAAGGCUUCAAGUCCUUCUGUUGACUUGAAGGUGCUUUGAAGAUUCCCUCUCAACCUUACACACGUUUCAACAAAUUUUCCACGUCCAACGUAACUAUGCUAUUAAACACAAGUGCAGUGAACAAGAAGAGUUCAUAAUUAGUCUUCUCACAAAAAAAAAAGUUGAUUUGUCCAACUCAGCGUCUAGGUGUAUUUUAAUAUAAAGGAAGUGAUAGUUUAGGUACGGAAAGAUAGUUGAUGUAUGAAACUCACAAAAAUUGGAGUGUUUACUUGUCAGCUGAGCCAAGUACUUAAUUAAAGUCUUCCCUCACAGCACAUAAUGCACGUUUCUCACAACUUCUCCACAUCUACUAUGCUUUUAAAUGCAAGUUCAGUGACUAACUGAGUUCAUAAUCCAGUUUUCCUCUUCUUGAGAUAAUUCAUAUGGCAAUCACUUCAUUGGUCAGCUUUCUUCUAUCUCUUCUUCUUAUAUUAGUUCAGGCAAAGGGAAGAAAUGAUUCAACUUGUCCAAAGUCCUUUUCAUGUGGAAAUUUUACUAACCUGAGCUUUCCGUUCUCUCUUUCCGCACAACCUGAGUGCGGAAUACUGCGCAUGUCUGGUUGUGAUGAUAAGCCAUUUCCGAAAAUCCGCCUGCUUCCUGGACGAGAUUGGUACUAUGCUUUACAGCAGCAUGAUUCAUCAGUUUGGCUUGGGGACCAGAAACUUAAAACAACUUUGACGCAACACAAGUGUCAGGCGUUUAACAAAAAUUUCUCCCUUCCAAACUCACCUUCUAUCUCUUUCAAUAUGAUUAAUAUUAACAACUUCAUCAAAUGCAGCAGUACCCAGAAGAAGAACGAUCGCUUUGCUGGAUAUAAUAUGUACAAUGGCUGUGAAGGCUUUAGCAUAUACUACAAGCUAACCCGUGAUGAUGAUAAAAACAUAGAAGCACACAAUCUUCCUACCAACUGUUCACUUAUCAAAUUACCAAUUCACGCAAAUGAUGGUGAUUUGUUCAACAGGUUAGGUCCCGAAUUUCUAGUAGAAUGGAAACUGUCUGAUGACUGUAGCGAAUGUCAACAUGAUGGAGGUCGAUGCCAGACUGAUAAAACCAACAAAUUUUAUUGUCACAAAGAUGUUGCAGAAGUUAGCAAACUACCAGCAGGAAUAUCAAAAAGGUUCUGGUUCUUGGCAGCCACAGGUGCUAGUUUGUUUACUGUUGGACUGUUGGUUUUACUCUUCUUCUUCAGAAAUAAGGUCUUAUGGUACAAAUACAUCAGGUUAUGGGGAUCUAAAGUUGAGGAUCACCGAAAUAUUGAAGAAUUUCUGAAGAACUAUGGGUCAUACGCUCCAAAAAGAUACAAUUAUACAGACAUCAAACGAAUCACCAGUCGCUUCAAAAACAAACUAGUCCAAGGAGGGUUUGGUACUGUAUACAGAGGAAGUUUGGGUAACGGGAGUCAAGUGGCAGUGAAAGUACUGAAUGAACUAAAAGGCAGUGGUGAAAAUUUCAUUAACGAGGUUGCAAGUAUUAGCAGGACAUCACAUGUUAAUGUUGUGAGCCUUGUGGGAUUUUGUUUUGAGGGUCGCAAAAGAGCUCUCGUAUAUGAGUUCAUGCCAAAUGGAUCUCUUGAAAAGUUUAUCUACGAGGAAAGAUCAGACACAGUUCGUCAAUUGGGUUGGCCAACAUUAUACAAAAUUGCACUAGGCAUAGCCCGAGGAUUGGAGUACUUGCAUCGUGGUUGUACCACUCGGAUUUUGCAUUUUGAUAUAAAGCCUCACAAUAUCCUGCUUGAUGAAGAUUUUUGUCCUAAGAUCUCCGACUUUGGUCUUGCCAAACUGUGCAUGAAAAACGAGAGCAUUGUGUCAAUGUUAGGUGCACGAGGAACCAUUGGUUACAUUGCUCCAGAAAUUGUUUGCAGAAACUUGGGAGGUGUGUCUCACAAGUCUGACGCCUAUAGCUACGGAAUGAUGGUCUUAGAGAUGAUUGGAGGAAGAAAAAAUGUUGACGCCGGAGCUGAUCGCACGAGUGAGAUCUACUUUCCACACUGGCUCUAUCAACGAAUUGAACUAGACGAAGAUCUUCAACUGGUCGGGAUAAUGAAUGAAGAGGAGAACGAAUGUGCAAGAAAGAUGGUCAUAGCCAGUUUAUGGUGCAUACAGACUGAUCCCUCAAAUCGACCAUCGAUGAGCAAGGUUGUUGAAAUGUUAGAAGGGAAACUAGACUCUUUGCAAAUUCCUCCCAAACCUUACCUAUAUUCUCCCUCAAGAAUAGAGGUGGAUUCAUCAAUAAUAGAACUGACAACAACAACAACACUCACAGAAUAGCCUCACAAGUGGGGUCUCGGAAGGAUGGGUCGGAUGUAUACCGACCUUACCCCUACCUUUGUAAGGUAGAGAGGAGUUUUCGAUAGACCUUCAACUGAAGAAAAUCGUUUUUUCAGAAAAUGAUUUGAAAGAAAUGCAAGUACAAAAAGUUAGCUUAGUAUAUGCUGGUACUUAACUAGCAAUGUGUCUCUACAGCAUCUUAUGUCUAACAGUUUUAGAAUAGAAUUGUAUGUAGUGUCCCGCUUGGAAAAAGAUUGUUAUGUAUUUUAUAUAAAUAGGAUUCGAUGU